UGCACAGCUCGCUCAUGUAUAUUUAUGAGGCGUUUCUGCAGUGAGGCGGCAGGAUAUUAUUGAUGUCUCGCUGAGGAGGUGGUGGCUUGUGCUCGAUGAAGGGAAAAAAGGGCCUGAAUUUAGUUUUCCAGAACGACUAGUCAUCCGCCCGCCGCUCGCGCAACCCGCGUCUCGAUGCAGAGGCUGCUCGCGUCACUAAUGGCAACCAGCGCGCGCCAGGAUGCGUGUGCCUUUAUGAGGGAGACCGAAAAUCGCGUCUAAGUUGGGAUUUAACGCGUAUAUCGAAAAUAUUUGAGAUACGUGUGAUUAAAUGCGAUUUUUCUGAUUCGAAUGGAUGCGGGAACGAUGCCUCUCUGUGUGGGGAUUUCCUUUCUGUGCCUCUUUAUGAGCUCUGUGGUACAUACCAGCAUGUCUCUGGUUCAUUACGGAGACGCCUUGGUAAAGACGAGGGCUCGGCGUGAUGACGCCAGGUAUCUCGGGAAAGAGAACACAGUACCAGUCCGGUUAGUCUACCAAAUGGACGGAGACCGCCAGACCGCUCAUAAUGCUCUGAACACACGGGUCCGAAUGAGAUCUGACAGUAAACAGAACCACAUUGCUCAGGCCAGCUUCCAGGUGCAGGCUUUUGGACAGACCUUCAUUUUAGACGUAGAGCUGAACCAUGACCUUCUGUCAUCCAAUUACAUUGAGAGGCACAUAUCUGAAGAGGGGAAGCCAGUUGUCAGCAAAGGCGGAGAACACUGUUAUUACCAUGGGAAAGUGCGUGAUGUUCCCAAGUCAUAUGUGGCGCUUUCGACUUGCCACGGAUUACAUGGGAUGUUCUUUGAUGGGAAUCACACAUACAUGAUCGAACCAGGAGGAGAAAAUACCACAAGUGAGGAGGUCCAUGUGCACAUGGUUUAUCAGUCUCAUAGUUUGGAUACUCCAGAGGAUUUCAUUUCUCCAGUUCAUCUGGCAGAGUCACUUUUUGAAAGCCCUCCAUUGUUCAGUGCCGCCCACCGGAGGAAAAAGAGACAGAUAUCACGAAAUCCACGGAGUGUUGAAGAUGAGACCAAGUAUGUGGAGCUGAUGGUCAUAAAUGAUCAUUUAAUGUACAAGAAACAUCGGCUUUCCGUUGGACAAACAAACAACUACGCCAAAUCUGUUGUAAAUAUGGCGGAUCUGUAUUUCAAAGAGCAACUCAACACCAGGAUUGUCUUGGUUGCCAUGGAAACGUGGGCAGCGGACAACAGGUUUAACAUCAACGACGACCCCAUGGUGACUUUACGAGAGUUUAUGAAGUACCGGAGAGACUUUAUUAAAGAAAAAUGUGACUCCGUUCACCUUUUCUCGGGCAACCGUUUUCAUAGCAACUGGGGCGGAGCCUCAUAUAUGGGCGGAGUUUGUUCUCUCACUAAAGGAGGUGGAGUCAAUGAGUAUGGAAAGGAAAUGGCCAUAACUCUCGCUCAGUCACUGGGACAGAACAUUGGCAUCUUUUCUGAUAAGAAACGCAUUUUAAAUGGGGAGUGCAAGUGUGAAGAUAAAUGGUCUGGUUGCAUAAUGGAUGAUGUUGGUUUCUACUUGCCUGAGAGAUUUUCUGACUGUAAUGUGGAAGAGUUUCAUGAUUUCCUGAACAGUGGAGGCGGCGCUUGUCUCUUCAACAAACCCUCAAAGCUCUUGGAUCCUCCAGAGUGUGGAAAUGGUUUUGUGGAGGCAGGAGAGGAGUGUGACUGUGGAAGCCCAGCCGAGUGUGCUAGAGAGGGGGAAAACUGCUGCAAAAAAUGUAUGUUGACUCAGGGAGCCAAAUGCAGUGAUGGUCUCUGUUGUAAAAACUGCCAGCUGGAGUUUAUGGGUGUGCUUUGUCGAGAGGCUGUCAAUGAUUGCGACAUACCGGAAAUGUGCACUGGGAACUCCAGCCAGUGUCCUCCAAACCUACACAAGAUGGAUGGGUACACGUGUGAGAAAGAUCAAGGAAGAUGUUUCAACGGCAGAUGCAAAACCAAGGACAGGCAGUGCAAGUACCUCUGGGGAGAGAAAGCGACAUCGGCUGAUAAGUUUUGCUAUGAGAAACUCAACAUUGAGGGCACAGAGAAGGGCAACUGUGGACGUGACAAAGACACCUGGAUACAGUGCAAAAAACAGGAUGUUCACUGUGGAUACCUGCUGUGCUCCAACAUUUCUCCAGCACCCAGACUAGGAGAGUUACAGGGAGGAUUGACCUCUUUCUCUGUGGCCCAGCACAGCGCUUCACUGGACUGCAGUGGAGGGCAUGUGCUGAUUGAUGGUGACACCGAUCUGGGAUAUGUGGAGGACGGAACGGCUUGCGGGACAGAUCGCAUCUGCUUUAAUCACAAAUGCCUCCCGGUACAGGACUUCAACUUUAGCACGUGUCCCGGCACCAAUGAAAGAGUGAUCUGCUCAGGACAUGGGGUGUGCAGUAAUGACCUCAGGUGUGUGUGUGAGUUGGGCUGGGCAGGUGAGGACUGUAACUCUACCUCUCCAUUGAGUUACCUGCUGGUGCGACCCACAGCUAAAACAUCAGGAAUCAUCACUACUAACAUCAUCAUCGGGGCCAUUGCCGGCUCUAUCCUGGUCCUUGCAUUAAUUCUAGGGAUUUCUGCAUGGGGAUAUAAAACCUACAGACAGCGGCAGUAUGUUGAAUCAGACGUGCACAGAAGAUUCUGUCGUCCGAUGCCUCCAGGAGAUUAUGUGAAGAAGCCUGGAGAUGCCGAUUCUCUGUACAGUGACAUGCCGCAGGGCGUCAGCUCCAACUCCGGCAGCAGCUCCAAGAAGAGGUCUGCUUACCUGUCUCACCUCCAGAUCAACACCUGCUCUUUCACCCCCUCUAUCCCCUCCAUCAGCCAAAACAUCUCUCUGUUCGGCUUCAGAUCGAAUGGUCUGUCUCACUCCUGGAGUGAAAGAAUCCCAGAUGCCAAGCACAUCUCUGACGUCUGUGAAAAUGGACGACCCAGGAGCAACUCAUGGCAAGGAAACAUCACAGGUACCCGUAAGAAGCUCAAGGGAAAGAAGUUCCGGGCUCGCUCCAACUCCACCGAAACGCUGUCACCGGCCAAAUCACCCACCUCUUCAACAGGCUCCAUUGCCUCCAGCCGGAGAUACCCCUACCCCAUGCCUCCCCUUCCAGACGAGGAGAGGAAGGCCAACAGACAGAGUGCCAGGCUGUGGGAAACGUCAAUAUAAAGAACUCCUGGAAACUGGUCUGCAAAACUCCGUAAGGACUUUCCUCUGCUUUUGUAUGAAUGAGAAAAUGAAAACCAGUGAAAAAACAAAG